CGUCACUUCCCGCGAUGUUUCCAGCGGGUCAGGCGAGGAAAACGAAAAUAAAGAGGCUGAGUUUCAGUGAAAUGAGAACCCGGAGAACCUGAGGUGCAGCGAGAAAAACUGAUUAACAGGUUAAAACAACUCGAAAGCUGUCCCACCAUGCCUGUUUGUGACAUCUGCUGCCAAGAGUUUGCAUCUGAAUCAGAAUUAAAAACCCACCUCCUUCUGAGCCACCUGGAAAAUGAGAUGAGCUGUCCGUUUUGCUCGCUAUCAGGAGUCUCCUACGAUGAGCUGAACUUCCACAUUAGUACUGCACACACAGAGAUGGAUCUUCAGAACUCACCCACUGACAAGGCAUCAGCAGAUCGGGUACCAGACCCCACUGAAACCAAUGGUGCUAAAUGGACUGUGAAGAAUUCGCCAGCCUCUUGUAACUCAUGGAGAACUCCAGCUUCCCCUCAAACAUCAGGUCAUCACACUCUCAAAACAGCUAAUGAGACGGCUGCGCCUAGUGCAGGAAUUGCACUUACUCAAGGUCAAGGAGCCCAGUCCAGGAUUAAAUCCUCACCUCCUGCGGCAAGCACAGCAAGCGCAUCUAAAAAACAAACAUCCAGCGUCCACCCUGGGCAGUCUGAGGAUUACUCAGCAGAGCAUUGCAAGGCCAAACAGAAACGCCUGUCCUCCCCCAAGAAAGAGAGGAUGUUUCCCUGUCCGUUCUGCAGUCUGGUCUGCAGUGACUGCUUUAUUCUUCAGGAACACGUUGAGCUGCAUCUCCAGGACCAGGCUUCAUCUGCAUCUGAAGGAGCUGUUCCUGAAGCAGGAGCAUCAGCACAGGCAUGUUCUUCUGUGAGAAACGGAGAACCAGGUUUUCCACUGUACGAGUGUCCGUUGUGUUCCUUGGUCUGUGUGGACAACAGCUCGCUGCAGGAGCAUGUAGAGCUGCAUCUGGAGUAUGGCACGGCUGCUGCUGCAGGAGACCUGUCUGGAGACCUAAAGUUGGCCAGGCAGCUUCAGGAGGAAGACGAGAAGAAGAGAAAGGAGGAAGAGGCCAAAAGGGAAAAAGAAGACUUCAGACAGCUGCAGAAAGUGUUUGGGCUGGACAAUAGCGGCGGCUACCGCAGGCAACUGGAGCGUAAUAUGGAGCGAGCUGUGAGCCGAGGUCACAUGGACCCUGCUGAAUUUCACCAGAAACGAGCUGAAAUGAUGGAAUCUCUGGCCUCUGGAGUGGACGAUGGACGCAGCAGAACUAACGGUGUUCUGGAGGCGCUGUAUGAUUUCCAUCAGCGUGAGGCUCGUGACUGCGCCCGCGUGUGGCUGUGUGCUGAAACUGACCACUACUCCAGCUCGGCUGGAGACAAGGGCUGGGGCUGUGGCUACAGAAACUUCCAGAUGCUGCUGUCAGCCCUGCGGAGAACAGAGGAGUACACUGCACCGCACACACUGCCAGACGCAGUUCCCAGCAUCCCCCGAGUGCAGGCUCUGAUCGAGGCAGCGUGGGCAGAGGGCAUUGACCCUCAGGGGGCAUCUCACUUUAACAGAAAACUGCAGGGUACCCGGGCCUGGAUUGGAGCCACAGAAAUCUACAGCGUUCUCACUGUUCACAGAAUUAGGGCCCGUAUUGUGGAUUUCCACCAGCCCACUGGCCCAGGAAACACACAUCCCAGACUGUUCGACUGGGUGAAAAACUACUUCUCCCAACACUCCAGCAGAGGCGCUAGACUGCCACCCAGAGUGGUGAAGACCAACCAUCCACCCAUCUACCUCCAGCACCAAGGUCACAGUCGCAGCAUCGUGGGAGUGGAGGAGCGGAAGAAUGGGAGUGUGUGUUUGCUUCUGCUGGAUCCAGGCUGUCCUCCAGGAGAGAUGAGGAAGCUACUAAACCCCAGCACUGCUGCAGCUUCCGUCAGCCGCAUGCGCAAGUUUCCCGGACACCUCAAACAUACACAGUACCAGGUGGUCACGGCAGAGGGGGUGUUGACUCCAGAGGAGAAACGGGAACGUAUUGCGAACUCCAGAACAUUACGUGCUGAGAGAAUUCCCUGAUGUUCCUGUUUGGAAAUGGAAGACUGGUGGUCUAGACUGUCUUGGUGAAACAUUGCUGUGAUUUACACUGAAUGGGACAUAGUUAUUAAAUGUGUGUGUGUGUGUGUGUGUUUGUUUUUAGCAUUAUUUUAUAAGAUAAUUUUAAUUUCCUAAGAUAAUAAAUAAGCAUUCUUUAACUUUG